AUUAUUUCCUAACAGAGGCUGACUUGGUCGUUUCACAUAUGUUUCUGCUCAUGCGAACCCACUAACUAUACCACCUCGACCCCAACAUCGGAUUUUUUUCCCACAGAACCUUCCCACCGAGUUUGGGAUUCGCAUAUUGCGACAAUGAAUAUUAUGACGCGCAUUCACAACUCGCUUUUGCGUUCCAGUUAAUCUCGGACAAUUGUCAAGCACAAUGUCCGACUCGCGCAGUUAUCGAGAGACUGAUGCCCACCAGUAUGAGCAUUUUCCACAGUAUAGAAAAGCCAUUAUCGUCGCCAUUCUGCCAUUCUUUGCAGCUCUCUCCCCCAUGUCAUCGACAUCAAUACUUCCGGCUGUUCCCGGAGUGGCGCGACGUACAGCACCACAGGGAGUGUGAUCAAUGCCAGUAACGCAGUCUAUCUUGUCUUUAUGGGACUCGCAGGACCGCUAUGGGGACCAUUAAGCCAGAUUUGGGGACGCCGUCAGGUUUGACUAUAGAGUCUGGGCUACUGUAUGUUGCCCCAGGCGGGGCGGGGGUAUCUAAUAGGUACAUUGCUAGGAGGCCGGUGGGCAGGUUAUAUAGUACGAAGAUGAAUCCGUAAACGCGGG